UGAAAGUGGCGCUCCUGGUACGUCACAGGCUCGCCGACUCGGACGCGUUACGCGGUACACAGGAGGCAGGAACUCAAACCCCGCGUCGUCGGUCGUCGCCGCCGUCGCGGGGCGAACAAUUAGCAAUCCACAAACCUCCAGCAGCACGACUUCGAUCCGGCAGCCAAUUUCUCACAGGGCACAUUCUCAUGAUGAGAUCCCGACCGCGCCUUACGGUUCCGUCUUCAUGUCGUCGCCAGAGCACGCAUUUCGGGAUUCGUCCCCUGCCGAGGCGGUCGCUUCGCGACGCUCUCAGUUCACAUAUCGGCAUCUCAGCCAGAUGGCCGCUUACAACACGUCCUGCCCUCUGAGAGUGGUCGCACACAUAGACCUCGAUUGUUUCUAUGCCCAAGCGGAGAUGGUUCGCCUCGGGGUCGCCGAGGACCGGCCGCUCGCCGUGCAGCAAUGGUUCGUCUGCCGCGUGUUACUUGCCCCGGCCUUCUGCGACUUUUCAUUGCCCCGAGACUGAUUCCUGGUUCUGUGUACGGAGCAGGCAGGGCCUGGUCGCCGUCAACUACCCCGCCCGUGCCUAUGGCAUCGGCCGUAUGUGCACCGUGACGGAGGCAAAAAAGCUUUGUCCCGACCUCUUGCACCCGCAUGUAGCCACUUGGCGGGAGGGCGACGACAAGUGGGCCUACCGACCGGACGCUGCCGAGAAUAUUGCGACCGACAAGGUCUCGCUAGAUCCGUACCGGCUGGAAUCCAGACGGAUCCUGGCCAUUAUCAAAGAGCACCUUCCCUCGCACCUGCAGAAAGUGGAAAAGGCCGGCAUAGACGAGGUGUUCCUUGACCUAUCCGCUCACGUCCAUGCCGUCCUUCUCGAGCGCUUCCCCGAGCUAUCCGCCCCUCCUCCGGAUGGCAACCCGUCCGAGCUGCUCCCCGUCCCGCCCGUUUCAGCCUUGGAUUGGCAAGCCGAUGCGCUCGUGGACCUGGAUGACGAGAGCGCUGAAUUUGACGACCCCGACUGGGAUGACGUGGCGUUCCUGGUGGCGUCCGAGAUUGUGCGCAAUAUCAGGGCAGCAAUCAGAGACAAGCUCCGGUACACAUGUGCCGCGGGCAUCGCCAGGAACAAACUGCUCAGCAAGCUAGGCUCAGCUCACAGAAAACCCAACCAACAGACGGUGAUUCGGAACCGGGCAGUGCGGAAGUUCCUGUCCGGUUUCAAGUUCACAAAGUUCCGGAAUCUGGGCGGCAAGUUGGGCGAACAUGUCAGUCAGGUCUUCAACACCGAGUCCGUCCAGGAGCUCCUUUCCGUCUCCUUGGAGCAGCUGAAGCUGAGGCUUGGGGAUGAGACGGGGACGUGGGUUUACAACACGUUGCGGGGAAUCGACACCAGCGAGGUGAACUCGCGCACCCAGAUCAAGUCGAUGCUGUCGGCCAAGUCGUUCCGACCCGGCAUCAACACUGUUGAACAGGCCACCAGAUGGCUGAAGAUUUUUGCCGCCGAUAUUUUCGCUCGGCUGGUUGAGGAAGGCGUCCUCGAGCACAAGCGCCGCCCCAAAACCAUCAAUCUUCACCAUCGCCACGGCAGCCAGACCCGUUCACGCCAAAGCCCCAUCCCCCAAGGUCGUUCCUUAGAUGCAGAGACCUUGUUUAGGCUCGCCAAGAGUCUAUUGCAUCAAAUUGUUCAGGAAGGCCAUGUCUGGCCUUGCUCCAACCUUAGCCUUAGCGUCGGCGGUUUCGAAGACGGCAUCUCGGGGAAUAUGGGCAUCGCCGGGUUCUUGUUAAAAGGGGACGAAGCGCAGGCCAUCGACCCCGGUCCUCGCGCAAGGCCGGCAGAAGAAGCCAUUGGAUUGGCUCAACCGGCGGAGAAACGGCAACGCAUCGACGACGGCAGCAUACAACGUUUCUUUACGAGGAAGCUUUCAUCCCCGCCCUUGGGUUCCAACGAUGCCGCCAUCACGGACAACGGCGGAGAAACGUUAGGUAGCCGGCAAUCAAGAGCCUCGCCAGGAGUAGACGAUGGCUUGAAUGGCUCGAUUUCACUCGGAAAGGGACCCGAAGUCCAGGCCAAUGACCAAGGGGGCGGCUACCCUUGCACUCGGUGCAACGCAUGUCUGGACAGCCCGGAAGCUCUCCAAUGCCACCAAGACUGGCACUUUGCCAAAGACCUUCAGGAGCAAGAACGUGUCACGCCGGCAUUCGGCAGCCACCCGUCUGCCUCUGCAGCCAGCCCACAUUUGGGCGGUUCAAAAGCUGGUCCUGCAACAAAUAAGCGGCCGGGCAGGCCUCGGAAGAUGGAGCGCGGGCAGAAGAAGUUGAGCUUCGGUUGAGGAAGGCUCGUGCAUCGCUGCGGUGACCGUGCAGCAAUAAACAGCCGCAAUUGGGCUCGGAUGAAGAAGCGGAAUGCUCCUCCCGAUGCUAGACAGGCAGGGGUUGGCACUCUCCCGUUCUCCGCGAGGCGUACAAGUCGCCAUCUCUCCCUCGGAAGGCACGCUCGUGACGGCGAUCCACCGUUACCAAAGA